GCAGAACACAAAACUGCUGCUUCCGCACUGCUUCCUUGUUUAUUAGUUUUAGGGAAAACAGUGACUUUAGAAGGGAAAGGGUUGUUUUUUCUUUCUCUGGAAACGGCCGGAACUCCUCUGCAAGACUACCGAGUCCCCAGCUACCUGCUCAAAAGGAGGGAAGCAGAAUCUGAAUUUCAACACAACCAACCAGGUUCUGGUCUGAAUGGCCACAGCUGCUGAGGAGCCUCCGGGGCUGCAGGGCCUCUCUGGUAGUUCGACUGGGAUUCGAAAAAAUGCUUCUCCUGAGAGUCCAAGCACCAGCAUGUCCCCGGCCAUGAAAAAAACUAUUGGCCAUCGUGGAAUUGAUCCCACCGGGGAGACGACAUACAAGAAGACAACAUCAUCUGCCUUGAAAGGUGCUAUCCAGUUAGGCAUCACGCACACGGUGGGCAGCUUAAGCCAGAAACCUGAGAGAGACGUGCUGCUGCAGGACUUUGAAGUGGUAGAGAGCAUCUUCUUUCCCAGUGAGGGCAGUAACCUGACACCAGCUCACCACUAUGGAGACUUCAGGUUCAAGACAUAUGCUCCGAUGGCCUUCCGCUACUUCAGGGAGAUGUUUGGCAUCCGGCCUGAUGACUACAUGUGUUCUCUGUGUAACGAACCGCUGAUUGAGCUGUCAAGCUCCGGGGCCAGUGGAUCUCUGUUCUAUGUCUCUAGUGAUGAUGAGUAUAUCAUUAAGACGGUGCAGCACAAAGAGGCGGAGUUUCUGCAGAAACUGCUUCCAGGCUACUUCAUGAACCUGAACCAGAACAAACGGACCUUAUUACCAAAGUUUUAUGGGCUCUACUGUGUCCAGGCAGCGGGUAAGAACAUCCGUAUUGCAGUCAUGAACAAUCUGCUCCCGAGCGCAGUACGAAUGCACCUUAAGUUUGAUCUAAAGGGCUCCACCUACAAGCGACGGGCUUCAGCUAAAGAGAGGGAAAAGUCCUCGCCCACGUACAAGGACCUGGAUUUCAUGCAGGACAUGAAUGAGGGGCUGUUACUGGAGGCGGACAAGUACAAUGCUGUGUGCAAGACCAUCCAGAGAGACUGUCUGCUUUUGCAAAGUUUUAAGAUUAUGGACUACAGCCUUCUGGUGGGAAUCCACAAUAUAAAUCAGGCUUGUCGAGAGCAAGCCGGUGAAGAGGCGGUGGCCGGGGCUGCGGACCAAAGGAGGCCACAAGGUCAAAAGUCCCUGUACAGCACUGCUAUAGAGGCCAUCCAAGCUGAGCCAGGGAGCAUGGGAUCAGUGGACACAGAGGACAAAACGGGAGGGAUCCCAGCACGAAACUCAAAUGGCGAGAGGUUGCUGGUGUAUAUUGGUAUCAUCGACAUUCUGCAGUCCUACAGAUUAGUAAAGAAGCUUGAACACUCGUGGAAAGCUCUGGUUCAUGAUGGGGAUACUGUAUCAGUACACAGACCAGGUUUCUACGCAGACCGAUUUCAGAAGUUCAUGUGCAAUGUUGUCUUCAGGAAGAUUGCAUUAAAGUCCUCCCCAUCUAAAAAGCGCCGUGCAGUGUCACAUGCUCCUUUGAGAAAGCCAGCGGGUUCUGGGCCCCCUCUGUCAACCCAAACCAGCAGCAGCAGCCAGCACUAUUCACUCCAACAGCAAGUCAGCUCUGAGACCAAAGAGGACACUGAAGGAGACAACGCCAUGCAGUCAGGUCGUCCUGACCUCCUCCCAAAGACCUUACCGCCCAGCGACACUGUUGGCAACGCUACUGAAACCACUGUCUCCUCCUCCUUGGAAAACUCUGGAUUUGCCCCCACAAGUCAGCCACCGCCUCACUCUCAGGAUACCUACAAGUCAGUGGGAGCGGAGUUAAAUAGCACAAAAGGCAAAGACCAGGAGCACAGCACCCCCAAGAGAGCUCAGUAUGAAGAAAGUAUUGGUUCUGAGGAUGUCAUCUCACUCAGUGACAUCGUUCCUAAUGCAAGCAAAUGCUCUGUGUAGACGUCGGGAGGAGAAGUAAACUCAAACAAACUCAACUCAGACUUGGAGGAUUUUAUGGGCAUGGAUGAACUGUUACAACCCCCCGUUUGGUGUGACUUGAGGUACCACAACUGAAAAAUAAAUGCAGCGUAUCGUUGAGACCAAGUGGGAUAUUCAAUGUUUUGUUGUUGUUGUUUUUGCACUUUGAUUUCCAAAUCUCUGCAUGGUAUGAGCAUGUAAGUGGGUGGUUGUGUUCUGACACUAGUGAUUGCGGGUACAUUAACGCUGCGGUUAUUGAACACUAUUAUUCAUCUCAUAGGAAUGCUUCCAGCACAACCAAAGAUUGUUCUUGGCACUGAUGUGCUCAACUCAGCCAGCAUUCAAUGUAGAUUGUAACAUGAGGACUUUGCCUUAUUUGAGCCUUAUUUCUCCUUUUUGGAAGUGAUUCCUCUUUAGUGUUUACCAAAUUGCUGUAGCACGUCCUCAUGCAUACCUGGCUCUGUAAGUGUCUGUCCCAUCACCCAAAGGUCUGAGCCUAGAGUGCUGUUUCUGCUACAUGGUAGACUUUGAUGCUUUAAAGGGACAGUUCACCCCAAAAUCAAAAAUACAUAUUUUUUCUCUUACCUGUAGUGCUAUUUAUCAGUCUAGAUUGUUUUGGCGUGAGUUGCGUGUUGUUGGAGAUAUCGGACAUAGAGAUGUCUGCCUUCUCUCGAAUAUAAUGGACCUAGAUGGAAAAAAAAUUGAAAAACUCAACAGCAAUGUCUCUUUCCAGAAAUCAUGACCUGGUUACUCAAGAUAAUCCACAGACCUUGUUGUGAGCAGUUUCAUGUAGGAACUAUUUUCUUUCUACCAAACUACACCUGCCAACCAAAUCACUGUGCAAAAGGAAGCAUGCAUCUACUCAUGGACGAGAGGCUCGUGCUUGUGACAGCAUGAGAUGUGUCAUGAGCAGAUCUUUUUUGCCACUGAGCUCUUUAGCAGAAACAGUUCAUAAUUGUUUGUGUUAUGUUUGCUAGUGCUCAAAAAUAUGCUUUGUUCUUUUUGACGUUGGGUUGUGUUGUCAAUGGGCUUAGCGGCUAACCAGCGUCUUCAGUAGUCUGUAUCCGUCCUGUCAAUGAAUGACGAAUACAGACUACUGCCACCUGCUGAUACAAAGAGUUACUUCCUCUCACACAGGCACAGAAAGGACAGUUUAGUUGGCUGUUUGCUGUAGUCUUUGCAGUGUGUUCAAGUGCAACUUUUUGGUCGUGACACAGGCAAUGUGAGGCAACAGUUGCCUUAGUCACCACAAGUUCUUUGAUGACGUUUGGUGCGUCUGUGCCCUUAGCUAGCUCAGUGGUGAGAGGUGUGCUAGCAGAAGGUGCAUGCUUCCUUCUGCACGGUGAAAUGGUUUGAUGGUUUAGUUCUGUAGAAUGACAAUAGCUCUGUGCGCCAUUAUUUUCAUUAUAUUUGAGAUAUUGCAUAUGACUGAUAUCUCCAACACUCUGCAAGUCACACCAGAACAUCUAGACUAACAAACAGCAUGACAGGUAAGAGGAUAAAUACUAAUUUUUGAUUUGGGGUGAACACAAAACCAUGUUAUUUGGAUUGGAAAUAACAGUUUUAACAGUUUUAAAUACUUACUUUUUAUUACUGUAUUCAUAUUGGGUAAGCUGAUAUUUUUUAAGCCUACUCUGAAUGCAAAUCAUGCUGGAAAAAGAGGUGAUCCUCAGCGUGCAGUUUCUGUUUAACCAGCUGUUUGUUCUCUAAUGUACCUGUGCUACUUUAAAGACUGUGAAUCCUGAACGUCACCUCUCAUGUUCAGGUCAAAGGGUUUUAUUAAAAGGAGGGGUUUUUUUAAUACUUAAACACUGAGUGAUCUGAUAUCAGUUUCAGGUUUUAGUGUGUAGACUGGCUUAUGUCCAGAUGUGACCAAAGAACUGAUACUCAGAUGGCUGGGGACAAAGCAGUGACCUGGGGCCUGUCUCAUGAAGCAAGACCAGUGAGUUUGUCAGCCAAGUGUAGAGUCGUCUUUUUUCAGUGUCACUGAGAGAGCUCAAGUUUCAGCUGUGUUUUGUUGUCAUUGCAACCAAUGCACGGGACCAAACCUGAAGGGAACAGUUUGUGUUUUAAGGUUUUUGGAUCACUACAUAUAAAGGGACCAUCUGCUUGCCAGUUGAUUGUGUCGGGUAAAACUGAACCAGUGUUGUUACAGGAGCUCGAUGACCAAAAACACAGCAUUCACUUUAAAGUGUCAUGAAACAAAAAGCAUGACAUUAGAAGACAAGAAAGCCACAGCUUGUUGUAGGUUUGCCAUGGCGCCAUUUAGUUUUGUGUGAAACUGCUUGGUGAACGGUCUCUCAUCCCAUGCAAUCUAUGUCAUCAACACUAGCUAGCUAGUUAGCUGGGUAACAUAACAUAUUCUUACCUGAGGUGUUCCAGUGUCAUCCAGUGACUCCUGAGCCAUGUUCACUCUGAAAAAGAGUGUGCAUCGUUUUGCUACGGUUGCUAGAUUGAAUGACGUGUUUCCUCGAAACGGUGUGAAACGGCAUGCACCACGCUUUUAGGUGCAUUUUCUCUCGUUUGGUGGGUGUUUCAGAGUUGUUUCCCAGUCAGCAGCGAUGUAUGUACAAACCAAAUUCUGAUAGGUCUUUAUUUAUUGUACAUAAGAUUUUUGUUUUAAUUUCACACUCGUUUUGGCCAAUUCAAUAGAUUUCAACCCUGCCGUAUUAAAAAGGGAGUGCACCUGCAUAGCACAACAGGGUGUUCAACACACCUCUGUUUGUUUUGCUACCUUUUAAUGGGGCUCUGUUUUUUUUUGGUUUGUUUGUUUGUUUGUUUGUUUUUUAAAUCAGCUGAGAAGCAAAAGAAUGAGCAAGAUUUGUUGCUUGUGUGAGUACAUCCUUCCUGUGCUAAACAUCAGCUUUUUUGCUACAGCGAAACAGAAAGAUUGACAUAACUUAAGGGACGUGUGCAGAGACUCUGUCCACUUCCUGUUUUUUCAUAUUAUGUUCGGGGCGUUCCUGGGCACAGCCUACAGCUGAGGUUGGGACAUUAUGAAAAGGUGUCACCAGGUGCCAGACUAUAAGCAUUAAGCAUUAAAAUCAACAACAUAGCACAGAAAAAAAAGAGCGCAAAUGAAGUUGACUCUCUUUCGCUGGCUAUACUGUGUACAAACAGUAACAGACAGUUCCUGCAUAGUAUACCUUAAAACAAUGUACUUUUUUUUUUUUUUUUUUUUUUUUUUUUUUUUACAA